UUUUCAAAUCCAUGAAGCAAACGAGCCCUAAAUCACCAUCCGUUGACUCACUCCGGUGAAUAGAUUAUCUCAUAAGAUUUUGCAGUUCCUGCUCGAUCGCCUCCGAUUUCCCCCCAAGUCCCAGCUCCGAUUUCAAGAUGAGUGGAGAAGAAGACACCAAGAAUAGAGGAUUCGUUGUAGGUCACCAGCACCAUCCUCCUCCUCCUUCUCAGCCUCCCCAGUACGGUACCUUUCAAGGCGUCGCUAACUACCCGCCACCUCCGCCGCAGCCCGUCAUCGGCUUCCCUCAGCCGAUGCCACCUCCCGGCGCCGCUCACUCAUCCUCCCCCGGCGCCGCCUCCCAGUACUAUACUCAAGGCUACCAAACCGCCCCUGGAUAUGCCGUUGCUGAAGGAAGACCUGUGCGGGAGCGGCGACUCCCUUGCUGCGGUCUAGGUCUCGGCUGGGUCUUGUUCAUCAUUGGUUUCUUUCUUGGCGCCAUCCCCUGGUACCUUGGGCUCUUCGUUCUACUCUGUGCACAGAUAGAUCCCAGGGAGAAACCUGGAUACGUUGCUUGUACAAUUGCUGCUGUGGUUGCGACAGUUGCAAUCGUCUUUGGAGCCACAAAGGGUGCCGAUGUAUGGUGAUCAUCUGUGUGCUGCAUACAUUCUUCCUCGUGUGUUUCAGUAUCACGUGUGGCAGCAUCUCCCUUGGAGCAACUUUGGAACUUCUACCGGGUUUGUUGAAAACUAUAUAUUACCCUGCCUAGGACUGCACAUCACAAGUCUCAACUUCUUCGUACAAACUCUUCGCAAGUUGUAAUCUGUAUCGUCUUGUAUCCCUUUUCCGCUAUGUAUAUACGUCUCUGUUGCUGUGAACGUCUCAUUUGGCUUACAUGUGCAUAUCACCAAUGUUUCGUAUGGCAUGCUUCCAAGUUAAGGUACAAAAAUAACAGCUCAAUUGUGUCUCAUCCUUCUCCCACACCACGAGUUUUAUUUGAAUUACGAGGGACACUAAGUUGGCCACCAUGGAUGCUGGCUCAAAUCAUGGUAACAAGUUACUACCAGCAUACAGCUUGACCAGUAUCCUCACCAGCGCCCUACAAAUGCGGCACAACAUAUAACAAGAGAAGCAAAGCACAGAAACAAAAGCUGAUAAAUCAGCCAUGUCAUAUCAACAGCGGCGAAGGCCGUCCUGCUCUUGUCCCCACCCACGGACACCAAACUGAAGCUCCGCAGCAGCUAUCAAGAACUCCACAGCCUGCUGCGGCGUCAACAGCUCCACCAGCUGCCUGACCGUCUUCAACCUCAGAUCGUCCGCCUUCCUCAGAAUCCCCACCAGCUUGCUCACCUUCCUCUCCACAUCCUCUGUGGAGCAGCCCACCAGAUCGCUCGCCCCGUCCUGCCACUCGGAGAGCUCAUCGGUAAUGGCGUUCUCCUCCCUCACCGUGUCGCACUGCAGCUCACUCACCCGUCGGAACUGGGUCGGGGAUAGGUCGCCGAGGUCCCCUGUCUUGCGGCCCUUGAGGAUGUCGACAAUGUGGGACUCGAAUAGGAUGCUCGACUCCGUGUAGACCAGGUGGAAGAGAGUGGUGGGCCUCCAACCAGCAAUCCAGUGUAGGGAUCGCUCCAAGGAGGAGGCCCACGGUGCCAUGAACAUCAGCAGCACGUCACGCUCCGCGGCAGCUGACUUCACCUGUGGGUUUCCGCCAGGUUCACCAACAUAUAUAGAUGUUAAUGGACAAUUCAUCCCCUCCUUAGCUAUAAUACCGAGUGUAAUUAAGUGCAUACAUAGGUAUAAUAUACCUGCUGGUACAGUAGGGGAUGGAUGACAACAGAUCAUUGCAGCCGCAAGUCGGUUGCCCAAAAUGGGGGAAAACAGAGAGACAAAUGAGUGAUCAAAAGGUAUUACAGAACUCAAUGAUCAUAUGCUAAUCAAAAUACCUCAUUUUCAC